AUGAAAAUUAUUGUUAUAAUAUUUGUAUUUUUUAUUUCAUCUUCAUCUUCAAUACUUGUAGAAUUAUUCCAGUCAAUUUAUGGACAGUAUCUACAACAAGGAAUUCCUUUUAGGGAAAAUACUUUUUUAGGUAAUAAACCAAUAUUACGUGAGUAUGAUUUUAUUGUCAUUGGAGCAGGUCCAGGAGGCAGUGUCGUUGCAAACCGUUUAUCUGAACAGUCAAAUUGGUCAGUACUAUUAUUGGAAGCCGGUCAAGAUGAAUCUGUAUAUACAGAUAUACCAGGAGCAACGGGAUUUUUAGAAGCAACAGACUAUAAUUGGGGUUAUACCGCUGAGCCAGAAAAAAACGGUUGUCUAGGUUUUAAAAAUAAUCGUUGUCCAUGGCCAAAAGGAAAAGGCAUGGGAGGAUCAUCAAUUAUAAAUGCCAUGUUUUACACAAGAGGAAAAAAAGAAGAUUAUGAUACAAUUGCAGCACUAGGAAAUGAUGGUUGGGCUUACAAUGAUGUAUUGCCAUAUUUUUUAAAAUCUGAAAACAAUUCAGUACCAGAAUAUCAAAAUUCACCUUUUCAUUCACAAAAAGGAAAUUUACACGUUGAACGUGUCAGAUAUCAUUCACCGCUCGCUGACAAAUUUAUAGAAGCUGGCGGAGAAUUAGGAUUAAAUAAAAAUAUUGAUUUUACAGUUAAUCCGGAAAAUGGAGUAUCACGUUUACAAGUCACAACUCUAAAUGGACACAGAGUAAGUGCAUCUAAAGCCUAUAUUCGCCCAGUCAAAAAUCGACAAAAUCUCCAUGUGGCUAUAUUCAGUCAAGUAACAAGAAUACUUAUUGAUCCAAAGACUAAAAAAGCGACAGGAGUCGAAUUUAUUAAAAAAGGAAAACAUAGAACAGUAUAUGUUAAAAAAGAAGUUAUUUUAUCUGCCGGUGCAAUAAACUCUCCACAAUUACUUAUGUUGUCAGGUGUUGGACCAAAAGAUCACUUAAAUAAUCUUGGUAUUCCAGUAAUUCAAGAUUUACCAGUAGGCCAAAAUUUACAAGAACACUAUGGCACAGUCGCAUUGGAAUUCAUAGUAAAUCAAACAGGUCCAUCACUCAACAAGCAAACUAUAUCAAAUAUUCAUUUAUUUGAAGAAUGGUUCAAAUAUGGACGAGGACCACUUACGGUACCAAUGGGGGUAGAUGGUUUAGGCUAUAUAAGAUCACCAUCCGGCAAAGAGAUUGAAUUAAUAUUUGCUCCUUUAACGGAAAAACCAAAUGCGUUCCUCAUAGCUACUUUGUUGUUACAACCAGAUGCUCGUGGAAGCGUAACUUUGAAAAAUAAUAACUCAUUGCAUCCACCCAUUAUGUCUUAUGGUUAUUAUGACAGUAAUACUGAUCUAGAAGACAAUGUAUAUGCACUUAAAUAUGCAGUUAAAUUGGUAGAAGAAACACAAGCAUUUAAAGAUGUGGCAGCCAAACUUAACCCAGAACCAUACCCAAAUUGCAGGCACGUAGUAUUUAGAUCGGAUGAUUAUUGGGUGUGUUUAUCAAAACACUUGACAAAUACUUAUCAUCAUCAAUGCAGUACGUGCAGGAUGGGCGAUGUUGUAAACAAUAAAUUACAAGUAAUUGGUAUUCAAGGAUUAAGAGUAGUAGACAGUUCAGUACUUCCCCAUAUUCCUAGUGCACAUCUUUACGCCCCUACUUUAAUGGUUGGCGAAAAAGCAGCAGAUAUGAUUCGGAGUUAUUGGUCAUAG